GAGAAAGCGGUGCACCCUCGGCGGGGCCGGUGCGCGAGGCUGCGGGCGUGCUUCAGCAGCCUGCCCCGGGCCCGCCGCUGCCAUGGACGGUCUGCGCCAGCGCUUCGAACGGUUUCUGGAACAGAGGAACGUGGUCACCGAAGUUCUCGGGGCCCUCGAAGCCAGGACCGGUGUAGAAAAGCGGUAUCUCGCCACGGGAGCUCUCACCCUGCUAAGCCUGUAUCUUCUGUUCGGCUACGGGGCCUCUCUACUGUGCAAUGUCAUCGGAUUUGUAUACCCCGCAUAUGCUUCAGUCAAAGCCAUCGAGAGCCCAAGCAAGGAAGACGACACUGUGUGGCUAACCUACUGGGUGGUGUACGCCCUGUUCGGUCUGGUGGAGUUCUUCAGCGAUCUACUCCUGUUCUGGUUCCCUUUCUAUUACGCGGGCAAGUGCGCCUUCCUGUUGUUUUGCAUGACGCCGGGACCCUGGAACGGUUCGCUCAUGCUGUACCAUCGCGUCGUACGGCCAAUAUUCCUAAAACACCACGUGGCCCUAGACAGCGCCGCGAGCCAGCUAAGCGGAAGAGCUCUGGACGUCGCAACUGGGAUAACCCGGGACGCCAAGACAAGCCAGAACCCACUGCUGAAGCAGAAAUAAAGUCCCCUGGCAGUCUGUGUGCGGUGCCCCUGAAUGACAGUAACGAACACACGCCUGAUGCCCAGGCCUCUGAAAACUCCUCAGACUCCAAUCAG